UGGAACGGCGAACAGGAGCACAACACACCGGAGCCCCUGCACUAUUUCUCGGGCGAUUCGCCUAGCCAGGCCGAGGGAGAAGCCCGGAAAGCGCACGCAAUUGCACAGAAGGGCGCAAUCGGCCAGGAGCUGUUUGGAGAGCGGACUUAAAGGGACCGGUCCCGGGGUUAUCGGUGGUGGAACUCUGCGGAUCUGGGGGCUCCAGCAGGGCUAGGGGGCGGGGGGGCGUAGCGAGGACGGAGAAGCCUGCACGCCGAGAGGCAAGGCGGCUGGAAAGCGAAGUGGUACUGUAGCGCCGGCGUUGUGGCGACAGAGCCCUGGAUUUUGUAGCACCAGCGUGGCUUAGUGGAUGGGAUGGAACCAGGACCUUCUGGCACCGUGCCCAUGGGGCCCUUCCCCCCGCCUCUCCAGCAGGUGUUCCAGGCCCCCCGGCGGCCGGGAAUGGGGACCGUGGGGAAGCCCAUCAAGCUGCUGGCCAACUACUUCGAGGUGGAGAUCCCCAAGAUGGACGUCUACCACUACGAGGUGGACAUCAAGCCCGACAAGUGCCCCCGCCGGGUCAACAGGGAGGUGGUGGAGUACAUGGUCCAGCACUUCAAGCCCCAGCUCUUUGGCGACAGAAAGCCGGUGUACGACGGCAAGAAGAACAUCUACACGGUGCUAGCCCUGCCCAUCGGCAACGAGAAGGUGGAUUUCGAGGUGACCAUCCCGGGGGAGGGGAAGGACCGUAUCUUUAAGGUGUCGAUCCGCUGGCUGGCCGUGGUGUCCUGGCGUCUCCUGCAGGAGACGCUGGUGAGCGGCAGACUCCAGGUCCCGCUGGACUCUGUCCAGGCACUGGACGUGGCCAUGAGACACCUGGCCUCCAUGAGGUACACCCCCGUGGGACGUUCCUUCUUCUCCCCUCCAGAGGGGUACUACCACCCCCUGGGCGGGGGGCGGGAGGUGUGGUUUGGGUUCCACCAAUCGGUGCGCCCCGCCAUGUGGAAGAUGAUGCUGAACAUCGACGUGUCAGCCACGGCCUUCUACAAAGCACAGCCGGUGAUCGAGUUCAUGUGCGAAGUCCUGGACAUCCGCAACAUCGACGAGCAGCCCAAAACGCUGACCGACUCCCAGCGCGUGCGCUUCACCAAGGAGAUCAAAGGGUCCCUAGGUCUGAAGGUGGAGGUGACGCACUGUGGGCAGAUGAAGAGGAAGUACCGCGUGUGCAACGUGACUCGCCGCCCCGCCAGCCACCAGACGUUCCCCCUGCAGCUGGAGAGCGGACAGACAGUGGAGUGCACAGUGGCGCAGUACUUCAAACAGAAGUACAACCUGCAGCUCAAAUACCCCCACCUGCCCUGUCUGCAGGUGGGGCAGGAGCAGAAGCACACCUACCUGCCCCUGGAGGUGUGUAACAUCGUAGCAGGGCAGCGCUGCAUAAAGAAGCUGACGGAUAAUCAGACCUCCACCAUGAUCAAAGCCACGGCGCGCUCUGCACCCGACAGACAGGAGGAGAUCAGCCGGCUGAUGAAGAACGCUAACUUUAACCUGGACCCCUACAUCCAGGAGUUUGGGAUCAAGGUGAAGGAUGACAUGGCGGAGGUGACAGGGCGGGUUCUGCCCGCUCCCAUCCUGCAGUACGGAGGCCGGAACCGGGCCAUCGCCACGCCCAACCAGGGCGUGUGGGACAUGCGAGGGAAGCAGUUCUACAACGGCAUCGAGAUCAAGGUGUGGGCCAUCGCCUGCUUCGCUCCUCAGAAGCAGUGCAGAGAGGAGGUGCUGAAGAACUUCACGGACCAGCUGCGGAAGAUCUCUAAGGACGCCGGGAUGCCCAUCCAGGGCCAGCCGUGCUUCUGUAAAUACGCGCAGGGCGCAGACAGCGUGGAGCCCAUGUUCAGACACCUGAAGAACACCUACUCUGGGCUGCAGCUCAUCAUCGUCAUCCUGCCCGGCAAGACGCCCGUCUAUGCGGAGGUGAAGCGGGUGGGGGACACUCUGCUGGGAAUGGCCACUCAGUGCGUCCAGGUGAAGAACGUGGUGAAGACCUCUCCCCAGACCCUCUCCAACCUCUGCCUCAAGAUCAACGUCAAGCUGGGCGGCCCUCAACACUCUGGUGUGCCACACCAGCGGUCAGCAGUGUUCCAGCAGCCGGUGAUCUUCCUGGGGGCUGAUGUGACCCACCCCCCUGCAGGAGACGGGAAGAAGCCCUCCAUCACGGCGGUGGUGGGCAGCAUGGACGCCCACCCCAGCCGGUACUGCGCCACGGUUCGGGUCCAGAGGCCCAGGCAGGAGAUCAUUGAGGACCUCUCCUUCAUGGUCCGGGAGCUGCUGAUCCAGUUCUACAAGUCGACCCGCUUCAAACCCACCCGCAUCAUCUUCUACAGGGACGGGGUCCCAGAGGGACAGCUGCCCCAGAUCCUUCACUACGAGCUGCUGGCCAUCAGAGACGCCUGCAUUAAGCUGGAGAAGGACUACCAGCCGGGCAUCACCUACAUCGUGGUGCAGAAACGCCACCACACCCGCCUGUUCUGUGCCGACAAGUCCGAGCGGAUUGGGAAGAGUGGAAAUAUCCCAGCAGGCACCACGGUUGAUACCAGCAUCACUCACCCCUUUGAGUUCGACUUCUACCUGUGCAGUCACGCGGGCAUACAGGGCACCAGUCGGCCCUCUCACUACUACGUUCUCUGGGACGACAACCGUUUCACAGCCGACGAGCUGCAGAUCCUCACCUACCAGCUGUGCCACACCUACGUGCGCUGCACGCGCUCCGUCUCCAUCCCCGCCCCCGCCUACUACGCCCGGCUCGUGGCCUUCAGAGCCCGCUACCACCUGGUGGACAAGGAGCACGACAGCGGGGAGGGCAGCCACGUCUCGGGACAGAGUAACGGGCGAGACCCCCAGGCUCUGGCCAAGGCGGUGCAGAUUCACCACGACACCUUACGCACCAUGUACUUCGCCUGAGCGCCGCGCCCUGACAAAACCUCAGACCAUCCCCAACACCCCCCGGGACCAUGCAGGAGAGUCCCUCUCCUGACAACACAAAACACCCCAAAACUGCCUCCAGAAGCAGAGAGGAAUUUAUACCCCCGAACUGCUCUUGUACAUUAAUUUUUUUGUUCUGUUGUUGUUGUUGUUUUUAAAUGUGCAUUAUUGUAUAUUAUCUUCACACACAUGUAUGUAUGCAAUACAGAGGAAGAGGAAGAGGAGGAAGAGGAAGAGGUGGUCACAAGGUCUCAACUGCCACUGCAAUGCUGCCUCUUACUCAUCCGCGCCCCACACAAGAAAGGACACUUUUUUUAAAAAGAAAAAACGAAAACAACCACAACUCUCAAAUGCUCUUAAUUGACAUUAUAUUGUUAUAUUAUUUUAAAUGUUUUUUUUUAUUUUUUAUUAUUAUUAUUAUUAUUAUUAUUUUUUCAUUUGUAAUUUUAAUUUUUUCUUUUUAAAUGGCCUUGAAGAAUGUGAGGUUUGGUACAUUACCACUUAGCGGUAGCAUUUAGACUGAGUGCACCCUGCUUUCGGCUCGCGACGGUAGCACCGCGGCCUGAGGUGAGAGAGAGAUGGAGGGAUGGAGAGACGGAGGAGAGACGGAGGGAAUAAGCAGACGUAGUGAGCUGUAGACACUAAAGAAAGCGUGCCUUACGUGAGCGUAGCAUCCACAGCUGGGAGGUAGGGCUACUCGCGUAGACGGGGAGAAAGAGAGAGAGAGUUAGCAAAGGUAGAGAGUGGGGGGGGGGGGUGACAGGACUAGCGAUUAUGCCCACGCAAACAUGCAGCCGACCGUACUGGACCGAACCGGGCCUCAGAAAGCACUAAACGGAGACCAGCCAAACUCUGGUACCAACGGUGCACCUGCAAAUGUGAAAACGGACACUUUGGGAGGGGUCCUGUGUGUUCUGGAGGGGGUGGGGGGGUUUUUACUCAGCUCUUAAUGUCAGUAUUAUGCCACGCCCCCCACCCCACCAUCCUCCACCCCCCACCCCCAAACGGGAGUGGUCCUCCACUUCCUGUUCAUGGUGCUCUAUGCCACGCCUGAUUGGCUGUGCACUUAGUGAUGUAAAGGGGUCUUUUUUUAAAUUCCAUCUUAGGGCCGAGACUUAAUGCUUCCACUGUGUUCGCUGGACACACUCGCACGCUGUCGAAACAAGAACACACACACACACACACUCACACGUACAUGACAUACACCAAUGGAACAUGUUAUGCAAUGCCCCCAUGCACCUGAACACAAGCAAAUCAAGUACUGGACCCAUUUUCCCUUUUCUGUCCACUUCUUGGAGAGACUGCCCCUCCUUAGCAACACACAUACAUAUAGAUAUACACACACACACGCACGCACACACACACAUGCACACACACACACAAACACUAUGGUUGUGUUCCUGUCCCUCAUCAGCACUUUCCUGCUCGGCCACGCCCAGUGUUAGGGGCGCUGAACCUGACAGCCCACCUGUCCCGUCACACGCCCGCAGGUGCGCUGUGUUCCAUCGCCGAUCACAGAACUGGGCGUGUGGCACGGACGGGCGGCUAUCCACACGCCUUCGUCAUCGGCAGCCCAGCAGGCUCUGUCACGCGUGUGCGUGUUCGAGACUCCUGAUUAACAGCAGGGUCCCAUGAGCCGUGACAUUUUCGGGGCCUAUUUAGAAGGGGGCAGGUAUGUCCAGGGGUCAAUACCUCACAUUCCCGGCGAGGUUUCAUUAAGUUUAGGGCAGGGAUCUCAAACUCCAGUCCUGGAGGCUUUUGCUAGGGUUCCAGGAGCGAUCUCAAACUCCAGUCCUGGAGGCUCUUGCUAGGGUUCCAGGAGGGAUCUCAAACUCCAGUCCUGGAGGCUCUUGCUAGGGUUCCAGGAGGGAUCUCAAACUCUAGUGCUGGAGCGGUUUUGCUAGGUUUUGAGCAGGAAUCUCAAACUCCAGUCCUGGAGGCUCUUGCUAGCAUUAGAGGUGGGAUCUCAAAUGUCAUUCCUGGAGCGCAAUCACAAAUAUAUGUUUAAAGCAGGGAUCUCAAACCCCAGUCCUGGAGAGCUGCAGUGUCUGCUGGUAUUUGGUGUGGUUCAGCACUUAUGUCACUGGCUGGCUUAGGCCAAAAUUGACUCAAAUGCCUAAAUUGGCGGCAGUUUGACAGGGAAAUCACAGAAAUCUUUCCAGGACUUAAGCUUGAGAUCUCGGAUUUGAGCCCUCUCCACCUCAAACACUUCCAUUGGUUUGUCCCCAGUGGCCACGGACUUUAACCUGUAAAUUUACCCUUGGAGACCCCUUGUUGUGCCACGGGUUCUUCUCAAGGGGGCAUCGCAGGGUAAUGCUGCUCCUUGCAAUUCCGGCUAUCCCGUCCUCGUGCCAGUCCUGAUGCAAACGUCGACAGAUCCUCAGUUCAGUCUCCACAUUUUUUGCGUCACCCGCAUUUUUGGAAUGACGUUCCAUCGGAUCGGACACAACCAUUGAACGAUGUACCAUACCAUUUUUUUAAAGAAUUUUAAAGGGGUGGGGAGUGACUGCCGCUUGCCUUUAGAGU